CGGCUCUUCUGGCCUUGAUGUAUUUUAUUUAUGAACAUUUUGUAGGACUGUGAUUAAUAUGACUGUCAAUGAUUUGAAGAGUGGAUUAGUGGAGGUCAGAACGGAGCUGGUAGAGCCGGAGACGGAGAUCUGAGGGGAGGGGUGGAGAUGAGGGGGGUAGAGUCAGGAGGAGGAGGUGGAGGGGGGAGGAUUUACUGGGACUCAGACAGACCGCAGACCGGCUGUCCCGAGCCGCGCUGAUCCCCCGCUCCACCUGCGCGCCCGGGCUUGACAGGAGAGACCGAACCAGAAGGACGCGGUGAGUCCACAGCGCGCGCAGCGAAGCCUCAUCCCGCGCGCACAGACGCGCCAUCCAGCCGGAGCUCCCGACGCGCUCGGGACGCACGCUCGGGGCGGCAGGGAUCCGCGUCCAGCGCCCUCAGCGCCCCUCCGCUGUGCAUGGACGCGCCAUGGCCACGCUCGUCUGCAGGGUUCAGUUCUUAGAUGACACCGAUCCGUUCAACAGCACCAACUUCCCGGAGCCCACGCGCCCGCCGCUCUACACCUUCAGGGAGGACAUCCCCCUCAUCAACCAGCUCGCGGGCAUCCACCGGCUCCUCAAGGCUCCUCACAAGCUCGAUGACUGCACACUUCAGCUCUCCCACAAUGGGACCUAUCUGGAUCUGGAGUCCUCCCUGGCCGAGCAAAGGGACGAGCUGGAGGGCUUUCAGCCCGACGACACUGGGUCCAGGGGGAGGAAGCACAGUGUCAUUCUACGGACUCAGCUGACGGUGCGCGUGCACGCCUGCAUCGAAAAACUCUACAACUGCAGUGGGCGGGACUUAAGGAGGGCGCUGUUCUCCUUGAAGCAGAUUUUUCAGGAUGACAAAGAUCUGGUCCAUGAGUUUGUGAUGGCUGAAGGUCUGACGUGUCUCAUCAAGGUGGGAGCAGAAGCCGACCAGAACUAUCAGAACUACAUUCUGAGAGCUCUGGGGCAGAUCAUGCUGUACGUGGACGGCAUGAACGGAGUCAUCAGCCACCCCGAGACCAUCCAGUGGCUCUACACGCUGGUCGGCUCAAAGUUUCGGUUGGUGGUGAAAACGGCUCUGAAGCUGCUGCUGGUGUUUGUGGAGUACUCAGAGUCCAACGCGGCGCUGCUCAUUCAGGCCAUCGCCUCCGUGGACACGAAGGGAGGCUGCAAACCGUGGUCCAAUGCCAUGGAGAUCCUACAUGAGAAGGAUGGGGUGGACACGGAGUUGCUGGUCUACGCCAUGACCCUCAUUAAUAAGACUUUGGCGGCACUACCGGAUCAGGACUCCUUCUAUGACACGGUGGACAGCUUGGAGGAGCAAGGCAUGGAGGCGGUCACCCAGAGGCACCUGGGGAGGAGAGGCACCGACCUGGACCUGGUUGAGCAGCUCAACAUUUAUGAGAUGACCCUACGGCACGAAGAUGGGGACGACUGCCAGCCCCCAUCCACAGGUCGCCGGGACCGCCAGCGGGCCAGCCUCGGGGGAGGGGACAAACAUCAAGGUCUGGAGAGGAGACGGAGCCGGCGGGCAUCUCUUGGUCGAUCGGGUCAGGCUUCUCCGUGCAGCCCAGCGUCACCGAGAGCCGGCUUUCAUCCCUUCAGCGGACACACGGUUGAAGACCUGAGUGAAAGAGAGGAGGAGGAGGAGGAGGAGGAGACUCCUGUGACUGAGUCAGAUUCGGAUGAGCAGGAGGGGGCUCAUCAGAUCACCUCCAGUCCAAACUGGGGGGGCAAAUACUUCUCUGUGAGUGACCCAUCUGUUGACCCCUGUGUUUGUAGCCCCCCCAGACCCCCUCCACCCACCGCUCACAGAACGAGCCAUCGCUCCAUCACCUCCAGGAAGGAGAAAGAGCAGAAGAGCAGGACCCCUUCGCCCCCAGCAGCCCCACCCUCACCAUCUAAACCCCCCUGCAGCCCCCCAGCCCACCGCUCCCUGCUAUCUACCUUACUGGCACGGAAGCGGUCCAUCGUCACCGUUCCAGCCACCACGGAGGUCAGUCCUCCUCUGCGCGGCAGCUCCCGCCCCUCCCCGGACCGCCUGCCCUACCUGCCCCACUCCCCCUUCCACCUCUUCUCAUACGAUCUUGAGGAGGAGGCGUCCGCUUCGGCCCAGACCAAACGCAGCACGGAGUCGGCAUCUCCAAGGAACGGAGAUCCUGCGUCUCACACCUCGUUCAGCUCGCCAAGCACGCCCACCAGCUCCAGACCGGCUCUGGGAGGACUGCUGUCAUCCUCCUACAGGCAGCACCAGGAGUCUCUGGCUGCUGAGCGAGAGCGCCGCCGUGUGGAGCGAGAGGAGCGACUGCUCAGGAUAGAGAGAGAGGAGAGAAACAAGCACAGCCGCGACUAUGUGGAUAAAAUGGAAGAGGCCAGACUUGCGCGAGAGGAGAGGUAUAAGAACGUGGAGCGCUUGGCCGCAGAGGAGUAUGAGAAGGAGCGUGUCCGAGGGUCAAGGACUCGCCCUGACCUCAACCUAAGCUUUGAGCCCUCCGAGGCCUGGCCUUCAUCGCCGCGCAGCAGCACCCCAUCUUCCUUCGCCUCGCAGGAGGACGCAGAGGCAGAGGUGGAGGCGGUGACGCCAGUCGCGCUCUCUGAGACGGGGAAAGCCACAGAUUCAAGCGACGGCGGCGGAGUGGAAGCGGAGGACAGAGAGGAAGAGCCCGCUGCUGAAGAGGAGGACGAACACAAAGAAGAGGAGGGAGAACAGGAGGAAGCGGCAGCAGAGAAGGAAGAGGAGGAAGCUGAGGAGCAGGAGCCGCAGAAGCAGAGAGAAGAGGAGGUGGAGGAGGACAGUGGCAUCCUGAGUGAUAAGGAGCGACAGAAUGAGGAAGUAAACGAGAAAGACAACUGCUCAGCGUCCAGCAUCUCCUCUGCCAGCAGCACUUUAGAGCGAGAGGAGAGGGGAACCGGGGAGAAUGGCCCCCCAGGCCUAAAGGAAGCAGAAGUCAGCGACAGUUGCAACAAACUCCUCAACAGCAAACUCUUCAUGCUGGACAUGCUCUACUCCCAAAACAAGAAACCAUGCGAGGAGGAGGAGGAGGAAGAGGAGGAGGUGGAGAAGGAGAAGGAGAAAGGAGAAGGUGAGGACAGAGAGACAGACCAGGAUGCCAGCGGAGAACGCGGCGACGGGGAAAACAAGAAGGACGACAAGUCAGACCAUCGCGGGAGCAUCCGUCAGAUUGCCGAGCGGUUCGGAGACCUGAUCAAGGACGCCGGCUUGCCCCACCCCCACCCGGACGACCCGGUCAAUGAGCUCCCUCCGCCCCCCGCGCCCAAGAAAGAGUCGGACACCAUCUGGGACCAGCUCAUGUCCAGCCCCCGAGAGCUGCGCAUCGGAGACGCCAACUUCACCGACCUGACGGAUGAGGACGACAAGGACAUUCUGGACGCUGUUCUGAUGGGAGGAUGCAGUGACCUCCCACCCCCGCCGCCCCCUCUACCCUUCAUCCCACGCUUUCCACCACCUCCACCAGUGCUAGGCAUCUGCCCCUUGCCCCCUCCUUUGAUGGGCAGCAUGAGGCCUCCACCUCCACCGUCCUUUAGCUCUCCGAUGCCAGGGCUGGCCCCCCAGGAGCAGCCUCUGUUCAACAAAAAGAAGAAGACCAUCCGACUCUUCUGGAGUGAAGUUCGGCCCACAGACUGUCAGUACAGGGACUACAAACGAGGGGGAGACUCAUUCUGGUCCAAACUGGACACAGUCAAGCUGGACACAGCCAAACUGGAGAACCUGUUUGAGACCAAGUCAAAGGAGAUAUCAGUUACAAAGAAAACAGCAGCUGAUGGCAAACGUCAGGAGAUCAUCGUUUUGGACUCCAAGAGAAGCAACGCCAUCAACAUCGGGCUGACGGUCCUGCCGCCGCCUCGAACCAUCAAGACAGCCAUCCUCAACUUUGACGAAUACGCUCUCAACAAGGAAGGCAUAGAGAAACUCCUGACAAUGAUCCCAACGGAGGAGGAGAAGCAGAAGAUCCAAGAGGCCCAGUUGGCCAAUCCGGAUGUGCCGUUGGGUUCUGCAGAGCAGUUUCUCCUCACUCUGUCCUCCAUCAGUGAGCUCUCUGCCAGACUCCACCUCUGGGCCUUUAAGAUGGACCAAGAAGCUACGGAAAAGGAAGUGGUGGAGCCACUGCAAGAUCUGAAGGAGGGGAUGGAGCAACUGGAGAAAAACAAAACUCUGCGCUACAUCCUCUCCACCCUGCUCUCCAUUGGAAACUUCCUCAACGGCACCAAUGCCAAAGGCUUUGAGCUGACCUACCUGGAGAAGGUUCCAGAAGUGAAGGACACGGUUCACAAGCAGUCGCUGCUCCACCAUGUCUGCACGGUGGUGGUGGAAAACUUCCCCCAGAGCACCGACCUGUACUCAGAGAUCGGAGCGAUCACCCGCUCAGCAAAGGUGGAUUUCGACCAGCUGCAGGAAAACCUGUGCCAGAUGGAGCGGCGCUGCAAAGCCUCAUGGGACCAUCUGAAAGUCAUUGCCAAGCAUGAGAUGAAGCCUCAGCUAAAACAGAAGAUGUCCGACUUCCUUAAAGACUGCGCCGAGAGGAUCAUUAUCCUGAAGACGGUUCACCGAAGGAUCAUCAACAGGUUCCACUCCUUCCUGCUGUACCUCGGCCAUCCUCCCUACAGCGUCAGAGAGAUCAGCGUCAACAGGUUCAGCAAAAUCCUGAGCGAGUUUGCGCUGGAGUACCGAACCACCCGCGAGCGCGUGCUGCAGCAGAAGCAGAAGCGAGCCGACCACCGCGAACGCAACAAGACCCGAGGAAAGAUGAUCAUGGACGUAAACGCUCCUUCUGAUGAUGAAGAAGAGCGUGAGCAUUCUGGUCCCGGCGGCUCAAGCAGCAGCAGCGGCGCCCCCAGUGGCACCCAGGAGGUGGAGCAGCCUCAGGGGCUGGGCCACGCCGAGGACGCCGCAGAGCACGAGCACAUGACAGCAGUGCUGAGGAGCAGCCUGAGCGGCAGCGCCGAUAGAGAGGGCGGAGUGCCGGGUCUGCGCACCAGAACCAGGUCCCGGCCUGGACGAGGAGGGCGCAGCAUGCAGGCGUGGACUCCACCCGCAGAGGACGCUCAGACAUGUGGAGACGAUGCUGCAGACGAGAUCAUGGAGCGGAUCGUCCGGUCUGCCACACAGGGUCCAGGAACCAGAACACAGCCCAGAGAGCGCAGGAGGUCCAGGGCCAACCGGAAAUCAUUGAGACGGACUCUGAAGAACGGCCUCAGCCCAGAGGAAGCGCUGGCUUUAGGCCUGACCGAUUCUCCAGAGACGUAAACGGCGUUGGGAGAGCCGUCAGCGCAUUCACCUCACUGUAGAACUGUAGUCCGGGAGCUUCUUCAGGCGUUCCUCCAGCUGCUCAUCGGCUUCCAGCGGAGACGCCGCUCACAGGAGAACAUCUGUUCCUGGAGGAACCAAACCUCCCUGGAAAAACCCUUCUACUACAUUAGAGAACGCAGGUUUAUGCACUAAAAUGUUGAUGUCUGAUCACAUACUUCAGAUGAAUCUGAGGGGAUACUUGAUCUAAGCUGUGAAUCUUUGUUGUGAAAAAGAUAAAUGAAAAAGAAGGAUUGUCUUCUGCUCAUCUGAAGAAAGGUGGUUUUGGUCUGGAAGGGAAAGGUCUCCUGCCUGAUGAGUGCCUUUCCUUCACUAGAGGCCGCGCUGCAGCCUCUCCACGCCUCUCUCUGGGUUUUCGGAUCUUCUAAGCUGCAGCGCUGUGAUGAAUUUUGUCAGUAUUUAUUCUCAGAACUCUGGCAUUUUGCACCUUAACUGACAUUUGUACUGAAGCAACUGGUGGAAGCCAUGAGAAGGGAGGAAGCUUUCAUGUCAGAGAAACUCUGUAAAGUGUAAAAAAAAAAGACAAACUUUGAGGAAAAAGGAACGUUCUAUUGAGGGAUGUGUUGUUCAGACUUCAGGUAGGAACUCUUGUUGCUUUCAUGUGUGUGUUUUUAGUACAGGUGUGUAUUAUUUUUGUAGACUUGUACAUAGAAAGAAUGGCUUUUUGUGAAUUUCUUCGUGAGCGCUGUGUUUUUGUAAGUGCUGCUCCUGACAGACGGGGGGCAGUGUUUGGACUUCUGAUUGUGUGGUCACAUGGUACUCUGGAACUGACCCCCCCCCUUACUGCACAGCAUAAUGUGGGACAUAAACGCCCCCUUCACUUGAAAUGCCGUGUUCUCACUCUCUGCAAUAAAACACAAACUUGUGA